CUCGGCUGUGGAAGGCGCAGCGGCCGCUUCACGGCUCUGACUCUGGACUGGAGCGCGCAGGCAUCCUCGCAGCCGCUGCUACUCCUGCUGUAGCUGGUCAGGUGGCAUUCAGCAUCACCGUUUUCUUGAGGCAUCCUUGUCAUCAUCACAACCAUCACCAACAUCAUCAUCUUCUCCUCCAUUCAGAACUCUAGUUCCCUGAAGGCCGUCUCUGUUCCUCUAUGCAGCCCGGUUGCGGGAGAGGACUCUCAGCUGCCUGUUCUGCCUAGCCCCCAUCACAUGCCUCCCCACUGGAGCUGACCACAGACCAGCAUCUCCACAGCAUGAAUAAUUAGGUAGGCAUAAUGGAAGGCACUCACUGCACCCUCCAGUUGCAUAACCCGGUCACUGAACUCUGCUAUAUCAGCUUCUAUCUUCCGAAGGGGGAAGUCAGAGGAUUUUCGUACAAGGGCACUGUAACUCUAGACAGAUCCAAUAACUCUUUUCAUAACUGCUACCAAGUCAGGGAGGGGCCAGACAUCACCAGCCUCAGCCAGCAGCCGAACGAACAUCCCGGCGACAUAUUUUUCAAACAGACUCCCACGAAAGACAUUCUGACAGAGCUAUACAAGCUCACAGCAGAGAGGGAGAGGCUGCUGGACAGUCUGCUGAGGUCAGAGCACAUCCUGGGCAUUUCAAUGGGGAACCAGGAAGGGAAUUUGCAGGAGCUGUCUGUGAGCCUGGCUCCCGAGAAAGACUGCUUCCUGAGUGCUGGCAACCGGAGCAGGGAGCUCCCUGUGAACUUGCUCAUUAGGAGGAGCACCCAAGGGAGCAAAAAGCCCCGGAGGUCUGGCAAGAGGAGAGAGAGCCCUGAGGAGCUCCGGCAGAAGAGAACCAGGAGGAAAGGGCGUGGCCGCCAGGAAUCAGCUCCUCCGAUGGGGAAGGACCAGGUCUGUUCCAGUAGCUCCCUUCCUCCUCCCCGUGUUAGGCCUAAUCUUCGACUCCUAGAAGAAACAGGAAACUUAGUUCCUCAGGAAACACUUACCUCUUCCCCACGGAGGAGGAGAGAGAGCUGCCCUGCCAGCAUCCUCAGGACACCAGAUGCAGACCUGGGCUUCGGGAGCUCUGGGAAGACCUCAGAGGACACCGAACAUGAAGGACCUCUGUCCCCUGACAGCAGCCUCGCCGAGGUAGGAGAUGCAGGCAUAGGAAGGCAGCUCAAGAGUCCUCGCGAGCAGGAGCCUCCAUGUUUGCCUGAAAGCCAUGAGAAACAUCCAGGGGCAGAGAGGGGUGGGACUCCGAAGCCAAAGUCAUUGGAAAGGACUUGCAGGAAGAAGCCUGUUUCCAAAGUGGUGGCCAAGGUCCAGGAGCCGUCUGCUCAAGUCCAAAGAGUGGUUAGGGCUCAUUCUGAUGGUGAGGAAAGGGUUGCCUUUUGCUCAGAUACCCAAACUGAGUUUAUCCCUAAAGCUGACUUCCUCAUCCUCUCAGGAGCUAAGGAUGAGACUCAAAGUCCCAGGAGACUGGGGAAGGAGCAGCAAAGUGUCAAGUCACUGCAACCCUUGGCAGCAGAAAGAGCCUCCAUUCCCAGGGAAGCAGCCAGCACUGAGGGAGCUGUGAACAAGGUUCUCCGGAAGGUGAUAGAGAGUGAGAAGGUAGAUGAAGCCACCGAGGGGAAAACACUAGGCUUCUCUCUCAACACAGGGGCCAUCCACUCUUUCCCAGAAACUAGAAGCCAAAGGAAGACCGGGCUACCCCAGAGCACCCAUAAAUUCUUGCUUCUGGAUCUGCCCCACACUGUAGGUCCUGAUUCUCCACAACCCAAAUGCGAUGAGAGGAAGCCAAGCCCCCAAGCCCCAACAGCUCUCGGCAUGGUAUUUAAUAAUUCAUCGCCUCAGUCCAGCGCACAUAAGCGGCUGUCACCUGUUCCCUCGCCUGUGUCUCCAAGGUGCCCCAGCCCGCAGCAGCACCACAGGAUCCUCCUGCUUCCUCCACUGCCUAGCGAGGGAGAAGCUGUGUUUAAUGAGUGCCCUGGUAGGAAGAACCUUGUCUCCUCUGGGUUUCCCUCUGCUGUCACCUUGGAGCCAUCAUCUUCUACAAAGGUCACGGAGACCAAAGGAGGCACCCCGCCUUCCCUCAGAGCAAGCCAAACUUGGCUGGUAUCUGAGGAAGCACCAGAAAAAAGCUUGAGGCCAGAGAAGAUCACAGCCCCACCUCAGUACCAGCCACCACCAGGCAUCACCUCCGAAGGCUUUCCCUGUGACAGCUUCAAUGAGCAGACAGCUAACGAUCUUCCCAAUAAGGAUGGAGGUGCUUGGGUCCUGGGUUACAGAGCCGGACCACCCUGCCCAUUUGUGCUCCAUGAAGAAAGAGAAAAGUCAAAUAGAAGUGAACUAUACUUGGAUCUCAAUCCUGACCAGAGCCCCACAGAGCAGGACGACAGGACUCCUGGCAGACUCCAAGCUGUCUGGCCACCCCCAAAGACAAAAGACACAGAAGAAAAAGUGGGACUGAAGUACACUGAAGCAGAAUACCAGGCUGCUAUCUUACAUCUGAAGAGGGAGCACAAAGAAGAAAUCGAAAACCUGCAGGCUCAAUUUGAACUCAAGACAUUUCACAUCCGGGGUGAGCAUGCAUUAAUAACAGCAAGACUUGAAGAAACCAUUGAAAAUCUCAAGCAACAGUUAGACCACCGCUGGGGAGGAGGAUGUGAAGAGAUGAGAGACGCCUGCAUCUCCACCGAUGACGACUGCCCCCCAAAGGCCUUCAGAAAUGUGUACAUCCAGACAGACAGAGAGACGUUCCUGAAGCCCUGUGAAGGUGAAAACAAGGCAACCAGAAACAACCAGAUAGUACCCAAGAAGUUGAAUAUCUCGUUAACCCAGCUCUCUCCCACAAAAGACAGCAAAGACAGCCUUGCACCUCUUCAGACAGAGGAGGGCAUCUCCUCUAGUCAGCAGAAGAAAUCACCUCCUCCCUCCACACCUCCUCCUCCUCCCCCUUCCAUCCCUCCCCCUCCCCCUCUCCCCACUGGACUUGGACCCGUGCCACCACCAGCACCACCCAUAUCACCUGUGAGUGCUGGGCCACCACCACCACCUCCUCCACCUCCUCCACCACCUCCCUUGCCACCAAGUGCUGGACCUCCGCCACCUCCUCCCCCACCACCACUCCCUAAUGUGCUGGCUCUCCCUAACAGUGGGGGACUUCCUCCUCCUCCCCCUCCUCCUCCUCCACCAGGACUUGCACCCCCACCUCCUCCUGGACUCUCCUUUGGACUCAGCUCUUCUUCUAGCCAGUGUCCUCGUAAACCAGCCAUCGAGCCCAGCUGUCCCAUGAAGCCUUUGUAUUGGACUAGAAUACAAAUAAGUGAUAGGAGCCAAGAUGCCACACCAACUUUAUGGGACUCCUUAGAAGAACCUCAUAUCAGGGACACCAGUGAGUUUGAAUAUUUAUUCUCCAAAGACACAACGCAACAGAAGAAAAAACCCCUGUCAGAGAGCUAUGAGAAGAAGAACAAAGUCAAAAAGAUCAUCAAGUUAUUGGAUGGAAAACGAUCUCAAACUGUGGGAAUCUUGAUAUCUAGUUUACAUUUAGAAAUGAAAGACAUCCAGCAGGCCAUAUUUAACGUGGAUGACUCUGUGGUUGACCUAGAGACCCUGGCAGCCUUGUAUGAAAAUCGAGCCCAAGAAGAUGAACUGACUAGAAUAAGAAAGUACUAUGAAACCUCCAAAGAAGAAGACUUGAAGUUGCUGGACAAACCUGAACAGUUCCUGCAUGAGUUAGCCCAGAUUCCCAAUUUUGCUGAGCGUGCCCAGUGCAUAAUCUUCAGGGCUGUGUUUUCCGAAGGUGUCACUGCCUUACACAGAAAAGUAGAGAUUGUCACACGAGCCUCUAAGGGCUUGCUGCACAUGAAGAGUGUGAAGGACAUCUUAGCUCUCAUCCUGGCUUUUGGAAAUUAUAUGAAUGGAGGAAAUAGGACUCGAGGGCAAGCAGAUGGAUAUGGUUUAGAAAUUCUCCCCAAACUCAAAGACGUCAAAAGUCGGGACAACGGGAUGAACCUAGUGGACUAUGUCGUGAAGUAUUAUCUGCGGUACUAUGAUCAGGAAGCUGGAACAGACAAGAGUGUUUUCCCACUACCUGAACCACAAGAUUUCUUUCUGGCCUCCCAAGUCAAGUUUGAAGACCUCGUAAAAGAUUUGAGAAAACUGAAGCGACAACUGGAAGCAAGUGAGCAACAGAUGAAGUUGGUGUGCAAGGAGUCCCCGAAGGAGUAUCUGCAGCCUUUCAAGGACAAGCUGGAGGACUUCUUCCAGAAAGCCAAAAAAGAGCAUAAAAUGGAAGAAAGCCACUUGGAGAAUGCGCAGAAAAGUUUUGAAGCAACAGUGGACUAUUUUGGAAUGAAGCCAAAGACUGGAGAGAAGGAGAUCACCCCCAGCUAUGUGUUUAUGGUGUGGUUUGAGUUCUGCAGCGACUUCAAGACAAUUUGGAAACGUGAGAGUAAGAACAUAUCGAAGGAAAGGUUGAAAAUGGCUCAGGCAUCUGUCAGCAAACUGACAUCAGAGAAGAAAGUGGAGACAAAGAAAAUCAAUCCUACUGCGAGUCUGAAAGAAAGACUGCGUCAGAAGGAAGCCAGUGUGUCAACCAGCUAAGAUGAACACAGAAGGAAAGUUCAGGGUGAGAGGACACAGCCCAGUGCUCCUUUAGACUCCAGUGCCAAGGGGAGCUCCCGACAGAUCUGUUACAGAUUUUUGCUUUGCUUAUCUCCUUCGGAGGUCGUCUGCAGGAAGUGCCCUGUGCCGCCUUUGAGGGGUCCCUUGUUAAUCCAUGGGAACAGUGCUAUGUAUGGAAAUAUUACAGGAAUAUCUGAUAGUUGUUUCUUAUAGAAAUCCAAAGCCCAUGCUAUAAAAGAAUCAGAAGAUGUACCAAAAAUUUUUUGCAUUUUAGUUUAUGCUGAAUUUCUAAGCUUCCCAGUGUAUAACCAUCAUGGAAAAAGAGGUACCUCUUUUGGGGUGAUUGCCGUGAGAGAACUCAAGCCUUGUUCCUCACACAUUGUGGGUUUUUGUUUUGUUUUUUGUAUUGGUCUUAAUCUUGACCCACUUGUACCAAGAUCCUAUGGCAUUUUUAACAAAAAUGUUGAAACUUACCAGAACUGUUUUUGAAGAGUUAAACCUCACAGACUAGGGAAGUGAUUUUUUUAUAAUGAAAAUUAUAAUAUAAUGAAAAGGAAAGAGAUUAAGAUUUCCCAUGGGUUGAGAGAGAGAGAGAGAAUAAUAACCAUAAAUCACAUCCUGGAGACUAAGUUAUGAUGCUAAGAGCGAACAUUGGCCAUUGAGAUCAGCUCACACAGCUAGCACGGCUUCCUGGCCACUAGAGAUUCUGUAACAACUUCUAUUAGAAACAGGGCAGGACAGACUUGGACCAAGCGUCCAUGUGGCUUCAGAUCCAGCUUGGACAGUAAAUGAGUGCUAAGCAGACAGGCAGAUGAGGUCUACAUUGUGCCCCACAACUUGCUGCUUGGUCUCUUCCACCAUUCCCAAGCAGUUUUCAGACAGGAGAGCAAAUGUCUACUUUCAUCAUGGCCUUGACUCAAAAGCAUGUGAAGGAAGGGACCAAGGACCAUUUGCUGUCCAAAAUGUGAUGGUCAGAAAGAAGUUCUCUACCCUAAAGUGCAAGCAAGGUGGUUGUGUUAGUAUUAACCUCUGAAUGGACUGUCAGGGGCAAGCUGUGUUUUCCCACUCUGGCCCUUAAAUCCGGAGAAAAGCCUCCUGGGACCCUUUUCCUACAUUUUUCUCCCCAACACAACUGCUGUUUGAAUUUCCCUGGUGAGAAAACGAGAGGACUGAGCAUGAACUGAGGAUUGAAUUGAAGACUGUGUUCUUAAGCCUUGAUGUACUGAAGGACUAUGCUUUUCUUCUCUUGGUUGAGACGGUCUAGAGUUACUCAGAAUCUUGCAUCGCUUGCUGAUCUGCCUACCUCUGGCUGUCUUGUGGGGCCUGCCUCUUGCCUCAGCAACUUUCUCAAACCUUUGAACUUGCCAGAUACCUUAAAUGUCUUCCUGGAAUCUGCCUGCCAGGCUUCACCCCCCUCCCCGACUCAGGGACACUCUGAGAAUAGAUGCAAGGUAAUGAAAGCAUCACCACAGCCAGGCACAGUGCAAACCAUGCAAAGCAAGAGUAGCUGGCACCUACAAGUCACAGUUGCCACAUCCACGCGGGUGCUAAUUGUCUUUCAGUGGCCCGAAGGAAGGGACGUGGUCACGUGGUUUGUUUUAAUCAAAAUGAAGGGAUGAGACAAAAUAGACAAUCCAAUAAGAAACCUACCAUGAAGAGAAUGUCUUGGCAUCGCUGUUCUUUUCCUAUUGCCUUUUGUAUAUUGUUUCUGUUUAUUCUCGUUGUAACUAUAAAGAAGAACAAAGGACUUAACCAACAAGGCAGAUUGCACCUGUGGACAUCCUCUUCUCUGUGGCCUCCUUGUUAGGACUGAAGUGCAAAAGGAAAGUGCUAGUUUGUCUCUACCUCAGGAGCCAUGCCAGCGUUCUGUCUGCACAGCCUACACCUGAUGGGUCCUGGGGAUGGGAUGAGUGGAACAGGAGGCUUUCAGUGGGGUUGAUGCCACCUCGAGUCUCUAAGACGUUCAUUAGUCAUCACAGAUGGCACUGUCUCUCUGUCCUUCCAGAACACAGCAGAUCCUCCAGGCUGUUGAGAACCAGACCAUACUGGGGUGGGGGACAAGGGACACACCUUUUUGUUUUCUAAUAUCUUAACUCUAUUUUGUAGUACCCACCCCCCACCAUUUAAAAAGUCAAAGACAAAACCAGCCGGGGUAAGGAUGCUGCAGAGACAGCUCAGUAGUUGAGAGCACAUACUGUUGGUAUAGAUAGCCUGAGUUUGGAUUCCAUUGCCCAUGUUGGGUGGCUCACAAUCGCUAUCACUAUCUCGAGCAAUCUGACAUCCUCUUCUGUCCUCCAAGGACACAAUGCACACACAGUCAUACACAUACCUACACACAGACACAUAUGUAUGCACAUAAUUAAAAAUUAAAAUAAAUCUUAAAAAGCAAGCGAGGACAUGAUACAGCGAGAUACAUGGAAAAAAUCGAAAGGUAUACUUCCCCCCAAAUAUUUUAUUUUACAAAGUAGUUUAAAUUGUGUUCAAAAUUGCUAGUAGAAAGUAUGGGGGUUUUUUUCCUUGAUUUUCAUUUUCAUUUUACUUUGCCUGUAUCAAGGUGUGGCGGGGGGGAGUACCAAAAGAUUAUGGGAAACAUGCAUCCAUAGAUUUGGUCAUCUACAAAUAAGUUUAAUUAUUGAAUCACAAAACAGGAGCAUACUAUGAAAUCCAAAGUGGUAGGAGUCCUGACUAAGCAGGUAUGAAACCAAAUGGCUGUGAUGAGUACCCACAAACCUUCCAGCCGUCUGCCUGGAGCCGCAGCUUAUGUCAGGCUGUCUUUACAGUGGGUUUGAAAGAGUCCAGAUUGUCUCUAAAAAGCCACGUCGAGAAAGGCACGCAUUCUAGAGCCGGAUGUGCCUCUGUCCUUCCUCUGGAUUCCCCUGAGGGGCGUUUAUAAGUGAGUGGAAUAUCAGAAGACCAUGAAUAUCAAAAUCCAUAGUUUAGCUCGUGUGGCUUGAGGGACCCUGCAGGAGGGUGAACUGAUCCGACACCCAGGUUAGCUACUUCAUCUGCAUAAGGACAUCUGCAGUGCAGGUGAACCGAGUCCUUCCCGAACUGAUAGAGUUGUGAAGGAAAUUUACAUCUCACAAAAGGGAGAUAGCACUGGAUAGGUUUUCAUCUUCCAGCAAUGGAAAGCCACUUAGAAGCUAUGACCCAUACAAAAAGGACCUAAAGAAACGCACCCCCAAAACUCAGUUCCACGGCUCUUCCCCUCUAGUCUUACACAAUUGUUCUUAAUGCUUGUGGCACUUGGACCCAGGCACAACCAGGCUCAGUUUCACAGCUGUAUGUGACCAAGCUACUUCCCUCCUUCCUGCUUCCCAGUCAGCUGUUGACACCUUGUAGGGAACUCUCAUGAAUUUCACACUUCUUCACUCCCCUCCACAAGGAUGUGCAAUCUCCCAAACUCCCUCAAGAUAACACUUGGCGGGGAAAGUGGAGAAUCUGAAAGAUUCUCAGCACAUUUCACACGAGACCAGCUCAGUAGCCUCCUUUGUUGCAAUGCAAUGCCUUGUAUCACACUUGGGGAAUUUGAAUACUUAACAGCUUACUUGGAUACAUGGGCACAUUAAAAUGGUAGCUCGCUGACUGUCUCUUCAGGUGUCAUCAGGUUUCAAAAAAAAAAAAAAAAAAAAAAACUAGACAAG